AAGAACUUUUCCUUAUUUUGUAGGGAUUUCUUAAUUAACCGCCCCCCUCUCUCUCUACUCUCUCUCUCUCUACUUGUGAGCGACCUACCCACAGUAUAAAUCACACCAUUGUCUCUCUCACAUCUCUUGCCCUUGUUCUUCACGCGCAGCACAUCCCUCUGUCAUCUCUGUGUGCUUAGAUUCUUCUUGUAGUGACAGUGGUUUGAUGGUCAUUUCAACAGAGAUGGCAGAAACUUCUCCCCCUGCCCCCACCACAGAAGAAGUCGGAAACACGUUCGUGCAGCAAUAUUAUGGAGUGUUGCUUGCUCAACCUGAUCUUGCUCACAGGUUUUAUGAAGAAUCUAGUGUAUUGGGCCGGCCUGGCCCCAAUGGACUUAUGGUUAAAGUGACAACCUUGCAAGGCAUUAAACAGAUGAUCCUGUCAUUUGACUACAUUGGCUGCAAGGCUGAGAUAAAGACUGUUGAUUCUCUGGAUUCUUGUAAGGAAGGGGUGAUAGUUUUGGUAACAGGUUGGUUGACUGGGAAGGAUCAUGUGACAAGAAGCUUCUCGCAAACUUUCUUUCUGGCUCCGCAACCAACAGGCUACUAUGUAUUGAAUGACGUUUUUAGGUUCGUGGAUGAGGUUAAGGCAUCUACCCCUUCAGAAUCAGAAUUUAGUGAUGCCAAUGAGAACGCUGCGAGCACUCCUUCAACACCAAAGCAAGAGUCUGCUCAUGCUCCUAUUCAACUGGACCAAAGUCCAAGAUCUCCCCCCAAGGCCGCAAGUCAGGGCAGUGAGGCCUGUGAGUCAUCAGAUACAAAAGAUUCACCUGACAGCGACUCGGUUGUUAAAGAAGUUGUCAGCGAACAACCACUUAGUUCAAGCCAGAAUGGUGGGCUCACAGUUUCCGUAAAGUCAGUUCCAAAGGAUCAGGAGAAUCGCCCAAAGAUGUCUUAUGCCUCAAUAGUGGCAAAGGAGAGUACAGUGACUUCUCCUGUCCAUACACCUACUGUAAUUGUUAAAGCUUCAAGCACUCAUUACCUGGACCGGGCGUCUCCAAAAGCAGCAGCAGCAGCUCCUCCUAGUAAUAACAGGGCCCCACAAAAGAGUAUUACUCUUACGGAAGGUAAGGCCAUUUAUAUUGGAAAUUUGCCUUCUGAUAUUACGGAUGAACAACUUGAUGAAGUUCUCAAGACAUUUGGACCUGUUAAGAAGGAUGGCAUUCAAAUUAGAAAAUACAAUGAUGGGUUCUGUUACGGAUUUGUGGAAUUUGUAUCCUCCAGUGCUGCGCGUAGUGCAGUUGAGGCUCAUCAUAUCAUGAUCGGAUCAAAUGAAGCUUAUAUCACGGAGAAAAAAUCUCCCAAUCAGGGCAACAAUGGCAGAGGGAAGUUCGCAUCGGGAAAGGGUGAUUUCCGCAAUGACAGUUACAGGAACCGGGAAAACGUUCGUGAAGGUCGUAGCUAUGGCGGAUCUCAAAAUGGGAACCGUGAUGGUGAUUUCGGGGGUCAGUACAAAAGCCCUAGGGGAAGCAAUGGAGAAAGUCGUCAGAGGGUGUACCAAAAUGGGGGUGGAAGCACACCCCGGGGCCGGUCAAGUGGCUCCAAGUAGACUGCAGUAUAUCCUACCAAUAAGAGACAGCUGCCUGCUUGAAAUAGGUUGAAAAAUAUCAUUUUUAAUUAUUUUGAAGAUUUCUUUCUUAGGCAUUUGAGGCUAACGUUGAGGUGAAAGGUGUUUUCCUUAGAUUAGAAAAAGGGGGAAAAGAACAAUCUACAACUUUUUUUUUGUAAUUACACAACAAUUUUCUCUCUAAUUUAGUGUCAAAGGGCUUUUAUUCA